AUGACUAUUGAUAAACAUCCUGAACAUGCGCCUUUCUCCUCGUCUACUCCAACAAGAUCUACCAGUAUGCCGGACCGCGCUUGGAACAUGGAUGAUUCCACGCGCAAUCGACUCCUGAAGAAGUAUAAAACACAGGUGGCUUCGGCGACGUCGACCGUGUGCGCGACGCUCUCCGUGACUCCUUUGGAAAAUGUCAAGACUCGAAUGCAGACACACAACUUCAAGAAUGUUUGGCAAUGUGUUCGCUAUCUCUGGCGGACUGAAGGGCCCCGCGGCUAUGUAGCCGGCGCACUCCCACCCCUGGCCAGUGUAACGGCUGUUCGAGUUGUCAAUUUUACCACAUACAACGCUUUCAAAGAAAUCAUCUCAGACAAUGUCGAACGCGCUACUGGGUUCAACCCCCUGGCCGAUUAUCAGCGGGCUGGAAGCACGCCCACCGUGUCAGGAGUAGUGACUUUCACUGCUGCAGGCAUGAUCGCGGGCUUGGUCUCCUCACCUCUUGCCUGCCCAUUUGAACUAGCCAAGAACGUGGUUCAGACCUCCGUCUUGGUGUCAAAUCGGGCAAUGGCUGCCCCCGAUGCUGCGCGGGACCAUUCUAUCCGCCGCAAACCUCGGUUGGGUACCAUUGAAGCCAUCAAUCAGAUCGUCAAGCGACACGGGGUCCGGGGGUUGUACACUGGUUUCCGCUUACAUGCAAUGCGCGACACCCUGGGAACCGGUCUGUAUUUUAGCGUUUACGAAACCGCCAAGCAGCUGGCGGCGAAGGAAUUAGGUCAAGACAAAAACCCCUUCGGGGCUCCGAUGAUUGCUGGUGCGAUUUGCAGCACCGUUCCUUGGUUCUGCACCUAUCCUCUCGACACCCGCAAGACUCGCGCACAGAGCGUGCUGCUUGGCAAGUCUAGUGAAAUCGGACAGGCUUCGCAAGCAGUCGCUAAAUCCAGCAUGUACAAGGGUUUGUCCAUCAUCCUCAUCCGAACUGGUGUCAACAACAUGAUCCUGCUGAGCAUCUUCGAAUACAUCAAGAUGCGCAUUGAUGACCUGCCAAAUUAA